AUUACAAAUUGCUCACUCCAUUUUAUACUCCAACGUCUCUGAAUCGCCAACUCUCCAACUAGCCUACAAAAAUCCCAUGGAUCGGGGAGACUGCUGGGAAUUCUGAUCCAUUUAAACAGCAAUAUAAGGUAUUUGGAGACAUGGCUAAGGACCUGGUGUACCUGGUGACAGGAGGAUGCGGGUACAUAGGAGAACACAUUGUCAGAUUGUUGGUCGCAGAGGACUACGUAAAGGAGGUGAGGGUUUUUGACAUCAGUGAAGUGGAUCACAUCAAAAACCUCAGCACAGCUUCCACCACUGUGACGUUGGUUAAAGGGGACAUCACAGACUAUAAUCAAGUUCUUAAAGCCACUGCUGGAGUAGAUGUUGUAAUUCACACCGCCGCCCUUGUGGAUUUCUUGAACACAUCACCUUAUCACAAAAUGGAAGCUAUCAACGUUGGAGGAACAGAGAACAUCAUAAAAGCUUGUUUGGCUCUGGAUGUCACCUACCUUGUAUAUACCAGCUCCAUAACAUCCGUGGGACCUAAUACACGUAAUGAACCCAUGUUAAGAGGCACAGAAGAGACAGUGUACGGUGGUAAACUAGGACUGUUAUAUGGAAAAAGCAAGGCCUCUGCUGAAAAAUCAGUUCGACAGGCUAAUGACAGAUCGACAAGCCAUGGAAAGAAAUUAUUCACUUGUGUUAUUCGACCAAGUAAUAUUUAUGGUGAAAAAACGCAGAAUUUGCUUGAGAGCUACAUCGCUGCAAAGUCAAAAAAUGGCCGGAUAAAUUAUUUGGAACCCGAAAAUGUGGAUCAGUGCUACAUAUAUGUGGGUAAUGUGGCCUGGAUGCAUGUACUUGCUGCUCGGCAACUGCAGAUGAAGCCGGAACUCCUGGGAGGUCAAGUGUACUAUCCCUACGACGACACUCCAGUGAGGCAGAGAUACAAACUCCUUUACGAAUUAUACACCGAUAUUGACCCAAGAAUUCAACUGGGUUCACACAUUCCUUAUUGGAAGAUGUGGUUAAUUAUAUCUGUGUUUAAUUUGAUUGCAUUCCUUGUUAGUCCCUUUUGGACGUUAAAACCAUUUAUGAAUUUAGGCAUUUUGAAUUACAUGGUCACUACAUUUUCUUAUCAAACCGACAAGGCCUUUAGGCACUUUGGCUACCAGCCCAAAUAUAGCUGGGAGGAGGCAAAGAUCAGAACUUGCAAAUGGUUAAAAGAGGUCAUAUAGGGUUUCUCCUCCAACCCGGACAAAAACUAACAUAACAGAACCAAACUAGGGCCUCGACUUAAUAUUUCAGGAUACAUUUUCUCAAUAUUCUUUUCAAAAUAUUAAAACAUCAAAAAAAUAUAUUAUAUAACAAAAAAUAUAUAUUAAAAAAAGACGACAUUUUAAUAUUUUUCAUAUGAAAUUAUUUUAAAAAUAUAUCCUAAUAUACUAAAUCAUUUGGAAAACGUAUCCAACAAGAUUAAAUUGAGGCCAAGGUCCUUAAAGGUGCCCUGUUAAUGAUAUUAAAUUGUGGUGUUUUCUACAGUAUUAAAUUUAGUUUGUUCAGUAAAAAAAAAUCAACAAAAGAAAAACUUCUGUAUUUAGCUCUCUCCUAAAAGAGAGUACCUCUUCCAUCUGUGCUCCCUGUCAAUCACGGUUAUCAGAUCUGCCCUUUUCUGUCAUUGAAGAAAGGAUGUGAAAGCAAACAAUGUUUCUGUUUAUCUGUCUCCAUUGUGAUGCGUGCCUUGGCUGUGCCAAGACUGGACUGGAUUGUGAUAUAAUUCCCUAACCCUUUAGUAGGUUAACACAAGUUAUAUGUGAUUAUCAAUGCUUUAUUCCACGGUGUAAUUUUCAGAAUAGUGAGGUAAUAUAUCAGGUCUGACCUAGGUCAAAUAAGGAAUUAAAAAAAUAUUUAUAAUCUGGUUUCUAUUCAAAAUCUGUCUAUAAGAGAUUAUAUCUAUAAAUUGUGCAUGCCGAAUGACUAGUACAUCUAUAGAUUUGCAGAUAUGCUAAAAAUACUAACCCCACAUUUGGGUCCAACCAGACCUCGAGUAAUAUCCACACAUGCGUUAUAUGUGCACAUACAUCUCACUCAACAGGCACUCGAAUCCCACCCAAAAUCAAAGUACUUCCUGAAUGGAUUCAAAAAUGCCAGAUAUUAUUGUAUAUAAACAACACUAUUCUGACAACACAGUAUAACCCAAAUACUACACCACUACAAUCAAAGUGAAGAAACCCAUAACAUCUUAUACCCAUAUUG